AUGAGCCAAAUGGAACUGGCCAAGGAGUUGGAUAAAAAGUUCCCUAGUUUGAAGGAAGACUUUGAGAUCCCUACUUUCAAAAGUGCAGGUAUCAAAGACUCUGAUGAGCAACUAAUCUAUCUUUGUGGUAACUCUCUGGGUCUCAUGCCCCGGGCCGUUCGAGAUGCAAUCAACAAAGAUCUCGAUGCCUGGCAAAGCCUGGCUGUUUUAGGCCAUGGUAAAAGACCAGAUGGAUCCAAUGGCUGGAUGGAGGCUGUUGAAGAAGCCAAUCCUAUUUUGGCCGAGCUGGUUGGUGCCAAAGAAGACGAAGUGGCCUUCACCGGCACUUUGACUUCUAACCUGAACCAGCUUUUGGAUACUUUUUACCGGCCAGAGGGGGAGCGUGUAAAGCUUCUUUUCGAGGACAAGGCCUUCCCGUCGGAUAACUAUUGUUUCCAGAACCAGGCCAGGCUCAAGGGUCAAAAUCCUGAUGAAGUGCUGAUUCGUGUCGAACCCCGAGCCGGUGAAGCAUUCCUGCGUAACGAGGACAUUGUUGAAAUAAUCGAAAAGCAAGGUCACGAAGUUGCCGUUUGCAUUUUCUCCGGAAUCCAAUAUUACACAGGGCAAAAGUUUGACAUCCCUGCGAUAACUGCUGCCGCGAGAAAGGCCGGCUGUAUUGUGGGGUGGGAUCUUGCCCAUGCGACAGGCAAUGUUCCUUUGAAAUUGCAUGAUUGGGGAGCUGAUUUUGCAGUGGGAUGCAGCUACAAGUAUUUGAACGGUGGCUCCGGAAACAUGGGAUUCUUGUUUGUUAACAAUAGACACUUUGGCGAUGAGGAACUUGCUCGCCCCGCAGGCUGGUGGGGUGUUGGUCUUGAUACACGGUUCAAAAUGGAGUGGGAGUUCCGGCCAAUUCGUGGUGCCAGAGGGUUCUGCCAGUCUUGUCCUAACUGGGCGGCCGCACCCUGCAUUGUACCCUCGCUCAAGCUGUUUAGGAAAGCUGGAGGAAUUGAGCAGUUACAGGCCCGCAGCAAAAGCCUGACCGGCCUGUUUGAUAAGAUGCUGCGUGCCUCCAGUCACUUUGGCAAAGACUUUGAACUUCUCACUCCAAGCGACCCGGAUCAACGUGGGUCCCAGCUGACCCUGCUGUUCCGCCCAGGUAUCAUGCCUAUUGUGUUUGAUGAGCUUGUCAAGGCUGGCAUUGUGGGUGAUGAGCGCAAUCCCGAUGCGAUCCGACUGGCUCCCACUGCUCUUUACAACACCCACGUCGAGGUUGUCCGAACUGUAGAAACACUAGAGCGCAUUCUCAGUAAUCUGUGA